AUGCGCACUCGACCGUCCCGUCCACCUCCACUCAAGCUCUUCCUUGACACCAAGAUGCCUGCGCACUCUCCCAUUUCCUCCCAUUUCCGGAGCAGAUUCACUACUCAAGUCAGGAGAGUGUUACCCGCAUAUCUCCUUGUCAUAUUCUUGAUAUUGUUCUUCACCAACUCAUAUUUCUUCACCACCCCUAUCCGCGCUGCACAUCACUUCAGGCGCGAGAGAAAGUAUCAGCAACCACUGCAGAGUGGGGAUAGCCUCAUUCCCCGGAAAAUCUGGCAAACGUGGAAGACGGGUCCUCUCGCUUUCGAGCAACGUGACUCGGACUCGGCGAAGACAUGGCCAGCGAAGAAUCCAAGUUACCGUUACGAGGUCCUGACAGACGAUAAUGCCCUGGCGUAUGUCGAGUGGCAUUACGGUGAUCACGGCUUCAAUCGCCCCGACAUUGUAGCCCUGUAUCGUGAACUGGCUAUCACCAUCAUCAAGGCCGAUCUGCUCCGCUAUCUCGUCAUGUAUGCCGAAGGAGGAGUAUAUGCCGAUAUCGAUGUUGAGUGCCUUCGACCUAUCGAGAGAUUCAUACCUGAGAGGUACAACGAAAACGACAUCGACAUGAUUAUCGGCGUGGAGAUCGACGAGCCCGCAUUCGCUGGACACCCAAUAUUGGGCUCCAAGUGCAAAUCCUUUUGCCAAUGGACCUUUGCAGCUAAGCCACGGCUGCCAGUCAUGAUGCGCUUGAUCGAGAACAUCCAAGAGUGGCUUCAUGAUCUUUCAAGGGAGAAAGGCGUUCCUAUUGCGCAGCUUGAGCUUGAUUUCAACGAAGUUAUUAGUGGUACGGGGCCUUCUGCCUUCACCAAGGCGGUACUCGAGCAGAUGACAGCACAAAACCACGGAAAGCAAGUCACGUGGGAUCCCUUUCACAAUCUGGCAGAGUCCAAACUUCAGAACAGAAUCCUGGUUCUUAACGUGGAGGCCUUCGCUGCUGGUCAAGGUCACUCCGACUCUGGUAACCAUGAUUCGCGAGGCGCGUUGGUCAAACACCAUUACCACGCCUCAGGCUGGCCAUCUCGGCACCCACGCCACAGUCAUGCCAUGUACGGCGAGGUCGAACACUGCAACUGGAAUCCGCAGUGUGUCGCGGAAUGGGACAAGAAUGUUGCGGAAUGGGACACGCUCGACAAGGAAGAACAGGAGAAGCGACUGGCAAGCAAGCCGCCGCCGCCGCCACCUGCCUAG